AUGCCAGACGUAGUUUGGGAGCAUGGCCAAAAGGUCGGGGGUGGUUUCAAAUGCAAGUAUUGCAGGGAGGAGAAGGGUGGGGGAGGAGCAACACGGUUCAAAGAGCAUUUGGCACAUAGGGGGAAAGAUGUGAAGGACUGCCCUUCGGUUCCGAUCGAAGUUAAGCAAAUCUUUAGUGAGCAGUUGGACAGGAACAAGGUUAGAGCAAAAGCAAGGGCCCGAGAAAGAGUGCUGAGGGACCAAGCAGCAAGGGGGCGGCACACUGACCUAGAGGAGGAGGGUGGCCAGGGGCACGACGAGGAUGCAGAGCUACAGGCUGCCUUACACCAGUCCCGCCAAGAGUAUGACUUUAUGCAGCAAGCUGGGCCACGAUACGAGAGGGGUGGCGGAUCUGGAGCUGCUUCUGGAUCUAUAAGUGGUGGUGUUGGAGGCAGUGGUGGACCACAGCCUUCGAUGUUCAGAAGGAGUCAGUCACAAGUCCCCGAGAGGGUUAGGGACUACCACCUAGGUUUGAGCAGUGCUCCACGACAGCAAAGGAUUGAUACCGGCCCAUGGACUGUCAAGGGGAGGACAUCAAGAGAGCUUCUAGGGAGGGCAUGGGCGAAGGCGUGCCAUGCUGUCGGUAUUCCCGGCCAGAAAGUCGAUGACCCAUACUUUAAAGCUGCGAUCGUGGAGACCCAGAAACAAGGUGUUGGAAUCAAAAUACCAUCAGGGAGGGAGAUAGAUGGAAAAUAUUUGGAUGAGAAUGUGAAGGAGAUAGAGAAAGAGAUAGAGAAGUGGAAGAACGAGUGGGAUGAAUGUGGAGUCACGAUCAUGUGUGAUUCGUGGACGGGGCCUAUGCGUAAUUCGGUCAUUAAUUUCUUGGUGUAUAGCGGUGGCACCAUGUAUUUCUUGAAGUCCAUCAAUGCGUCCGACAAAAUACAGGACCAUCAAUACUUGUUGAAGGAGAUACGAGCAGUGGUCAUGAAAGUGGAGCCUCACAAUGUGGUUCAGCUUGUCACGGAUAAUGGUUCGAACUACAAAAAAGCCUGCAAAAUUCUCUGUCACGAGUUCCCUACCAUUGCAUGGCAGCCUUGCCUUGCCCAUACCAUCAACCUUAUGCUGAAGGACAUAGGGAAGUGGCCGGAGCAUGAUGCUUGUAUUCGAAGCGCGCAACGAAUUUGCAGCUGGCUCUACAACUCCAACAGUUUACACAGCAUGAUGAGAGAAGCCAUCGGUGGAGAGUUGGUCAAGUGGAAUGUAACAAGAUUUGGGACCAACUACAUGUUCCUUGAAAGCAUGUAUAAGAAGAAGGACCAGUUCAUGACAUGGUUAGUGUCACCUGAGUUCCGACGGUCCCGCCACUUCAAAAGUGAAACUGGAAGGUACAUUUACGAAUGCAUCACAAGUCUUGAAUGGUGGGCGAAUAUGGAGUAUGUGAUCAAUGAUGUUGAGCCUCUGUACAUGUUUUUGAGAUUUGCUGACACAGACAAGACACCUAAUUUGAGUGAGGUGACAAUGGAGUAUCAAAACAUGAGGCAGACAUAUGCCAGCAAGUUCAGCAGUGACUACCCCCGGUUUGAAAAGAUCAUGGCUGUGAUAGAUGCAAGGAUGACCACAGUGAUGUCAGGCACAUAUAUGGCCACUGCUUGUGCUCUUAACCCUUAUGUGCAGUACAGUUUGGGCACAUCACAGAAAGUCAUGGCAGUAAUGCGCAAUGGCCUGGAGAAAAUGUUGGAUACUAAUUCAGCAGCAAUUGCAUUGCAAGAAUUUGAAAUAUUCAGGACGAAGCAAGGUGAGUUCUCUAGUGACAUUGCUAGGCGAAUGGCCAUUGACCGGAAAACUUCACCAGCUGCUUGGUGGGCUACAUUUGGGGGAGAUACACCAGUGUUGCAAAGGGUCGCCCGACGCUUGUUGUCGCAGUGUGCAGCCUCUAGUGGAUGUGAAAGGAACUGGAGCACAUUUGCUUACAUCCACACCAAACUGCGCAAUAGGUUGAGCCACCAGAAAUUGGACAAAUUGGUCUUUGUGAACUACAACCUCCGCUUGCGUCUGCAACGUGCUACUAGAGGGGUCGAUCCAUAUGACUAUGAUCCAGUUAGCAGUUUCAUGGAUCUUUCUUUGUACCGGCAGUCAUCAGCAAUUCAAGAUUGGAUGAAGCAAUCAAGGUCCAAUGGAGACCCAGCAUUUGAUGAAGACUCUGACUUCACUGACACUCCAUUGCCGAGCCAGAUGUUCACUGACAUAGGCUCUUCUCAUGGUCACGAUGAAGAUGUGGAGACAUAGGCCGAAGAAACAAUUGGGGACACACAUCUGGGAAAAAGGAAGACUAAGAUUGGUCCCGAAAUGAGAAAAGGGAAGAAACCACGCACUGAGGAGGAGUUAGGUAGUGACGAUACCACACCUGAGCCUAGUGGUGGUGAGGACAUUGGUGAUGAAGAUGAU